CAAUCAGCUGUCAGAAGACCAUGAUAAAUCGCAUUGCAUUAUUGAUAAUAAUAAUUACUUUGACAUGCGCAUUUCUACUUGAGGGGCAAAUUUCCAGCCCGAAGAAUUUGUAAAGGCGAGGAGUAAAUAGUGUUAGUAUUUGCUCCCGAUGGUUGGACCAUGUCGAGGCGCAAGCAAUCCAAGCCACAGCAAAUCAAUUCUGAAGAGCCCGGUUCGACUGAAAAUGGGGCUUUACAGAAUGGACAGGGAGAGGAGGAGGGGAGUGAGGUGAAGCGAUGUCGCAUGGAAGAGACGAGGGUCUGUGUCAAGUGCUGUGCUGAGUUCUUUGAUGAGGCGGAGUUUCUUGAACAUCAACAGAAUUGCACUAAAAGCCAAGAGGUGGUCAUCAUGAAAAAUGGAGGAGGGGAAGAAAUCCAUCCAGAGUUUUCCCAUGACUCGUCAAAUGACUUCCAGAAUGGGCACAGCCACGACGAGUCUCCUGACCCUCAAUCCGCUGUUGGUGUGGAAGCAAUGGAAGAUGAGCAGCUGGCAAAACUAAGUACCGGUGAAGAGCUUUUGACACAAGCUCCCGCAGAGAUGCCUUCAAGUGCUAAUGCUGGCUACCUUCCAUCAUCUAAACACCAGGACCUGAACAAUGUCACUUUAGAAUCCAUGCCAGCAACCAAAUUCGCUGUAACUCAGCAUUCAUCAUCCAAUAACUCUUCAACAUCUGUCUCUAGCUGCAAGUCUCCAUCACAGGACGUAGCCACUGCUGCAGCUCAUGCCAUUCCUGUGAUUAUGGAGCAGCUGGUCAGUCUCCAACAGCAGCAACUCCAGCAGAUCCAGUUGACAGAGCAGAUCCGCAUCCAGGUGGCCAUGAUGGCCCCUCAGGGCCUGAAUUCUGCUGUAGGUGCAACCCUCGACCCUCUGAAGGCCCUGGGUGCUCACCUUUCCCAGCAGCUGUCUGCGGCUGCGGCGCUCAUCGGUAAAAGGACCGGUUCUCAGAGCCUUUCACUGGAGACUAUGAAACAGGGUAAACUACCUCAGGCCAACGGGCGGUCCACCUCUCUUGCUGCAGGGUUAGGCUCAAUGACCACCAAAACAGACAUAAUGAAGGGGCUCCCGGACAUUAGCAGCCGGCUGCCAACCCUCUUGCCUCCGUCUCCAGGAGCUUUGGCCUUCCCUAGUCCAUUUAAUGCACUUGCAGCAGCAGGACUCGAUUCCUCUAAAAAAGGGAGCAGCAGCAAGAUUCCAAGUUUGCCAUCAGAGGUGAAGAAUGGGUCUGGAGACCAUCCAUUAAAGCACAAAUGCAAGUUCUGUGGGAAGGUAUUUGGUAAUGACAGUGCACUCCAGAUUCACUUGCGCUCACAUACAGGGGAGAGGCCCUUCAAGUGUAACAUUUGUGGCAACAGGUUUACUACCAAAGGAAACCUGAAGGUACACUUCACGAGACACAAGGAUAAGUACCCACAUAUCAAGAUGAAUCCCUAUCCUGUCCCAGAACAUCUGGACAACAUUCCUACCAGCAGUGGCAUUCCAUACGGCAUGUCUUUGCCAAUAGAGGAAUCUAAUUUUGUAGAUGGCAAACAAGGUGAGCGCCCGCCUGUGUCAGGCUUCCAAUCAUCUGGGCUAUCAUCUGGGUAUAAACCCUUUGGCAUGAGUGCUGAGCCAUACUCACAAAGGCCACCCUCCUCUGGUAGUGAUGGUACCUCUAUCCACUCCAACAUGUUUCAACAAGAGAUGGGCAUGGAACAGAGCCAGGAGUCUUCAGAGACACUGGUUGGACUGCAGCAUAUGAAUGGAAGAGGGCUCAGCAGUGAUGGACUUAGCACGGCAAAGCUUCAACAGAUGGUGGACGGGUUGGAGAAGAGGACCAAUGACCCUAAUGAGUGUGUGAUCUGCAACCGCAUCCUGAGCUGCCAGAGCUCACUCAAGAUGCACUACCGAACACACACAGGUGAGCGCCCGUACAAGUGCAAGAUCUGUGGCCGGGCCUUCUCCACCAAAGGUAAUCUAAAGGCUCAUUAUGGUGUGCACCGUUCCAACACACCACUGAAGAUGCAGCAUUCCUGCCCUAUCUGUCAGAAGAAGUUUACUAACGCUGUGGUCCUCCAGCAACACAUCAGAAUGCAUAUGGGUGGCCAGAUUUCCAACACUCCUGUGCCUGAGACGCAGUUUGAUGGACCAGAGUGCAUGGACACCAGCCUGACUGAAGACAAAUCUAUGACUGAAGGAACGCCCAACAGCCUAGAAGAGAGCCUUGAGGAGCAGGACUCUGAAAUGGAGCCCCAAGAAAACCCGACCAAUAUGUCGUCAGAACCCUUGGUCCACCAUGGCCCUUCUGAUGUGUCAAGAGAUGAGACUCCGAUCCUACAUGGACCUUCCCAGAUGUUUACAGGCAUUGCGGCUUUGGAGAACCAUAUGAAGAGCCUGACUGCUGCACUGAAUUUGCAGCGACAGAGCAGUACAGCAUCCGAUAGCGAUGGUGGCCUCAAGGACUCCCCAUCCACCAGCACUGCCCUUGCUGAACAAGACUAUAAGAAUGGGCGCAGUCCAGCUGUGUCUGACUCUGUCUCCUUUCAUUCAUCAUCACCAGUGGACAGUCAGCUGGGGAGCAGCCAGUCAAAGUCCCCAGAGUCGGCCUGUGUGGAUGCAGCCUCCAAACCAGAUUCAGAUGGUGGGCAGCAAGACUCCAGUGACGGUGCAUUGGAUCUGACCUCUUCCAGCUUUGUCCCCAAAACAAUUAAAGAAGAACCAGGCUUGCCCUAUUCAAAUGGAGAAUUUGUCUCAAGCAACAUGCCCUAUAUGAGGGUUCCUCCUAGUCUGGUGAAACUGGAGAUGCAGAUCCCCCCGGAGACCCCUAUGGGCCUGUUUCAGAGCCCUGGCCUUCAGCACCAAGCUUGCAGUGCCUCACGCCGCUCCACCAGGCAACACCUGUGCAACACCUGUGGGAAGAACUUCUCCUCAGCCAGUGCCCUGCAGAUCCACGAGCGUACACAUACUGGAGAAAAACCUUUUGGCUGUACCAUCUGUGGCCGAGCCUUCACAACCAAAGGCAAUCUGAAGGUACAUGUUGGUACUCAUAUGUGGAAUAACACUGCAAGAAGAGGGCAACGGCUCUCAUUGGACAAUCCCAUGGCACUCAUAGCUAUGAGUUCUGAGGCCAAGAUGUUGCCAGACAUGAUUCCGUCACCUAAGGAUCUCGUUCCCCUCCCACCCAUGAAUUUUGAUCCCUCUGUGUGGAACAAGUAUGCUGCUGCCUUUUCCAAUGGUCUUACCAUGAAGACCAAUGAGAUCUCAGUUAUUCAGAAUGGUGGGAUCCCUCUACCAGGUACCCUUGCUGGAGGGUCACUGGUGGCCUCCACAGGGGCUAUGAUGAAGGUGGAUGGGUCGCAAACAGGUUUACCUGCUGCUAUGGCUGAGAUGGAGAAGAAUGGCUCAGACCACCCAUUCCCCCACUUCAUGGAGGAAGGCAAGAUUGCUGUGAAUUAAUUUAAGGGCCACCAUGACUUGUAGAGCAUAAUUGAGCUGGUAUUGAGCAUUAUGCCAACAUUUCAAAACAUUUCUGUUUUUUUUUGUAUUUGUUGGUGGUUCUGGUGAAUCCUCAGUAUCUACAGCAUUUUGGAGAGGUAUCUGGCAUAGUUUUGUCAUCUCCCUCCAUAACUUGAAGAUUGCAGCUUUUCUCCUUGCUCUGCUUUUGAAUUGUUUACCAUUCAGAACCUUAGUGUUACUUGUAGUUGAACUUGAUAUAACUACUGUAGUUGUAUUUACUGUUCCUGUUCUCUAAUGUAUGCGGGUAUUUUUGUCUUUUGGUAAGUCAGUCUUGUUUCUAGAAGUUGAAUGUAAGUCAUACUUGAAAAUCUGUUACCUCCAAGGCAUGACAUAAUAAAGUGAAGGAUUUGAGUUUUCUCACAAAGAUAGACUAGUUUCUCAAGACCACUUCUGUGUGCCAGGUGUCUAGGUUAAUUUAAACCAGCUAGAUGCCCGUGACUCAAUUCUUGGUAGUUUACCUUUGGGUGCCUCUAGCCUGUCAGGGCACCUUCAUUAAUCAUGUCAUAAAAGGAGGGUCUUAAACAUGUAUAGUUACUUUCCAUUGAUCUGUUUGGCUCAUUCUGGAUAACAUGACUUGGAGUGAGAUGCUCUAUGGUGUGGACAUUGACGGGGAAGCCUUUUUUCUACAUUUAAAUUAUUUUUAUGGUUUGGUGAGUUGGAAGUUCAUCAUCUGCUUUUGAAACCAAAAAUUCCGUUUGCCAAGUGCCUAGUUUGAAAAUGGUCAGGUGUUUUUUUUUUUUUUUUUUUUUUUUUUUUUUUUUUUUUUUUGCUUGCUCUUUUUGUUUUAUUUU